AUGGGACGAUUCUCUCAUACACACACACCAAAUCAAAUUUUGAUAAAUGCAUCGUCUGAUGAUAAUUAUCAGCCGAUAACACCAUUUGUUCCUUCAACAUCUGAUCUCGUUCGAUUCAAUACUAAAUGGCAAGAACAAUUGAAAGUUGAAAGAGAACGAGUUAGACGAAAUUUAAUCACUGGUAAAAAUUAUAAAAUAGGCGACGAGUCAAACAUCGACGAUAUAGAAGAUACAGUUGUAACACUGAUAAACUCAACUAAUUCAAAUAUGAGCAUGUCUGAUAAUUAUAACUCAAUUCUUCCAGUUGCUUCAGUAACAAGUACAACAUAUUGUAAUCAAAAGAGCGUCACUGAUAAAUGCACACUAAACAGAGAGCAAAAAGCUGCAUUCAUGAUAAUCACAAGUCACCUUGAUGGUGACAAACCGUCACGCACAGGAGACAACAAUGGUCAACUCAUCAUGUGUAUACCCAGAUGUGGUGGUACAGGAAAAUCACAACUUAUUCGUGCUGUUACUGAAUAUUUUCGUGCUACAAACAGAAUACAAAAGAUACGGAAGCUAGCACCAUCUGGAAUUGCAGCCGCUGAAAUUGGUGGUAUGAGUAUGGUUGGUUUGACUUUACUCGGAAAACUCAGUCGAGUCCUUUGUGCCGCUAAACAUGCCGAUCCGCAAAUUCCUUUCGGUGGUAUAAACGUGAUAUUCUUUGGCGAUUAUUUACAGUACCGGCCAGUAUACGAUGCUCCGUUACACACUGACUUUUCAUCGAAAAACAAAAAGAAAUCCAACUACGUGUUACACGUUCUUUAA